AUGAUUACUAUACUCAUCUCAUAUUUAUUGUUUGUUAAGAAGAUUGGACCACAACUUAUGAAGAAUAGACCGGCAUUUGUAUUACGGGAACCAAUGCUCGUCUAUAACUUAUUUAUGGUUGUCUUCAAUAUGUAUUUCUUUUAUGAAAUUGUCGGUCGAUGUGAUUAUGGACAGCGUUUCCUUAACUUUAAAUUUCCCGAUAGAAAUGAUUACUCGGAUAAUACAUUAAAUGAAAUACAUGUGGGGUUUCUGUGUUAUUUGACGCGAUUUCUUGACUUAUUCGACACUAUAUUCUUUGUGUUGCGUAAAAAGUAUAAUCAAAUAACAUUUCUUCACUUAUAUCACCACACAUUAGUGCCAUUAAUAGGAUGGAUGUGUUUAAAGCUCGCACCUCAAGCUCCAGUCAUCGGAUUAUUUCUCAUUUUUAAUACAUUUAUUCAUACAAUUAUGUAUUUAUAUUACGCUUUGGCGGCAUUUGGACCGCAUGUGCGGAAGUACUUGUGGUGGAAGCGAUACGUAACUCAAUUACAAUUAGUCCAGUUUGGGACCUGUUUUUGCUACGGUGUGGUCAUGGCUUUCCUACAGACAGGCUUUCCUCCCGGACUCUUCUGGUUUGACUUAUCAUAUAAAUGA